AUGGCCUUGUACUAUCGCAGCCGCCCGACUUCCCCGGCACUUUGUAUCGUAAAGGGGUUUUCUCUCGUGACCUUCUGUUUAACGCCUGGAGGUGUUGGCUGGACCUGCGAAGGCGAGACGGGGAACUCACCCACCUUGUUGCAGAAGGUCUGGUUAGCUGUUUUUUGUCCCACUUAUGCUGCCUAUCCGACGAAAGGGCGAAGAAAAUGGAAGAGUUCUCGAUCUCACGACUGCACCCUGGGGAGGGGGAGUUGCGGCAAUAGAAUUUUUUUUUCGGAUGGUGGUGCUCUUUGGGCGAGCCCCUCAGUAUACUCCACUGGCGUCUGUGUAAAUGCAUUUCAACCGCUGAUACCGCGCAGGGAACACAUGGCUCUAGGCACCUUCCCUCGAUGCACAGGGAAACCACCAGCAGCUUCUUCUAUGAAUAAAAAAAGCACCCAAGGUCUGUUCCUGGGCUCCGGACUCCCUGUUUCCAAUAAAUGCCCCACGCUUGGCCGUGAAAAGGCAGGCCUUGCCUCCCCAUGCGAGAGCAUCCUGUUGCCUGCCUGGAAGACGAAUGAUGUCUGCCCAUAUGUUCACUCAGAUAUUUGA